AUGAUAAUUAUUUUGCUACUUUUUUAUGUCCAAGCCGGACACAUUUACUCUGGUGGUCUCACCAUUACCAACCCUAUAGCCACUAAAGCUUUACAAUUUCGACUUCAAUUUGCUCUUGAGAAUGGAUUAGAUGCAGACGAGUAUCUCAAAAUUCAAUUCCCCUUCCCACUCAACAUUGGUUCCAUUCAGGCCAAACUAUAAACUAUUACAACUUCAUCUGAUGGAUAAUUUGGAGACUGGGAUCUGGGUUAAUUGGGAGAAGAUAAUACCAUUAAUUUUGAGGAUCUAGCAGACGCUUAAAGUCAAGGAAACACCGAUAACACCUAUUAUUUCACUUUUAAUCAAAUUAUCAGACCCAAAACUUGGUAUGUCAUUAUCCUCCACUCAAACAAUCCCAGUGUUCAAACACCAGGUUAUAAAAAUCCAGUUAAAUUCUGGAGUGUCUCCUCUAUGCAUUCCUAAUCUAUAGUUUAUGAUGAAAAUCCAGCAUUCGCUUAAAUGGCACUCUAAGCCUUGCCCCCUUAAUCCUUAAAAUUGGAUCUCUCCUAUGAACCAGCCAAAAUAGGCCUGUCUUAACUUGUUACUAUUACAAUUACACCAACUGUUUCUAUUGGUCAAAAGUCUUAAUUCAUCAUUGAAAUAGACUCUAACUAUUAAUUUUUGAUGAUGGAUGAAAUAACUGAAUGUGAAAUUUCCAGUGGUUGUUCUUGUACAAUAGCAUCAACUAAUAUAAUGAGUAUUCAAUGCAGUAUUGAUCUGGCAAAAGAAAAACUCUCAUCAACUAUUACUACAAAAAUUGAAAAUAGUAAAAUAUUAUUCAGUGCUACUUAAUCUACUCCCAUUACUGUCUACUCCAUAGUUGGAAAUGGCUAUCUUGAAUACGGUGUCAAGAAAGAUCAAAUUAAGCUUACCAAAUUGUCACUAACUGUCGAUAUUUUUUUACUUUGGGGCAUUCCUAUGGAUGAUCAAUUGAUAACUCUGUAUAAACCAGCCACUGGCUCUGUGGGUUAUCCAUUCAAUAGUGUGAAGGUUUAAUUCUCACUUAGUUCUCCUACUCCUGCCUCAGAACAACUGAUAACUAUUACCACAGGAGAUGCAGAUGCUGUCUUACAGGCAUCAAUAGCCCAUAAUUUAGGUUCAGCUGUAAAAUGCUAUUUCAGGAAAACUGAAUAAUAAAUCUACUGCAAACAUGUUACUUCUCUAAAAGACAAUUUCAAUUAUUUUGUGACAUUCAAAUGUGCAUUCACUUCAACAGCAACAUCCACAUAAACUAAUUUUGCAAGAGUAACGAUAAAAUCAGUUACAAGAGAUACAAAACCUUAUAAAACCUACGUAUUAGCUGGACCAACAGGUAAAAAUCUCAAAGUGCAAACAAGUUAGGAAUUUAUUGAUCCUGCUGCCUAAGGUCUAACCAAUUGGGGGUACAAUUUUGUAGCCUUUGGAGAUAGCACAGCAACAUUUGCAACAGCAUAUUCUAUUGGCAACACAAGAACCGUUGGUUUGAAGACUGGAUCACAGAGAAUCAUUUUCUAUCUCAAAGUAUUACCAAAUUAAAUGUGCUCAUCUUCAUAUUCCUAUUGCAGUGCAGGACAAUAACCAGAAUUAUUUAUGAAAGUGCUAUUUAAUAAAAAAAACAUCAAAUAUGAUGAAGCCACAGUCUCAUUAGAAUAAUCAAGUGCAUGUACCUAGUGUACUUCGUCAUUAAAAUAAUAUAAUGACAAUGAUGUUUAUUUAUCAAUGAAAUGCUCCAAGAAUUAUAACUCAUGUACUCAACUGCUCAACGGAGGCAAGGGAUUUGGUUUUAUUGCUGAAAUAUAAAAGUAUCCAUCCUUAUACCCUUCGGAUACUUUGUUAGACUUUAUAGUAGCAUUCUAUUAGGCUCCAACUGGUUCUUCAGAAUCAAUGGCUACUCUAGUGAGUUAAUAGUUAAUUCAUGGUUACGUCAUAGGGACAGACUCAAAAACAUUAUCUGCCUCAUAUGUGAAUUACAUCACAGCUGGAUCAGGAGCUGGUACGAUAACUGGAUAAAAUAAGGGUGAAAAAAUUCCGACAUUUCUACGAUUGCUAGGAUAGGUUACAUAAUCAAAUGAACAUGUUGGUAUAUUUUUGGACGGAUCUGUUGAAACUGUUCUGAUUGAUUCAAUGCAACUGCAAGAAGAGAAUGAUGAUCUAGGAACAUCUACAACUAGUAAGAAGUUAUGCUCUAUUGAUAAUUGUAUUUGGUAUGGUCACAGAGGAACUGGCACAACACAUACUUAUUCAGAUAUAUACAGUAAUCAAAGAAUGAUUUUGCUUAAAGAUUUUACAGGAUCAACAGCAUUUGAUUUGAUCGUUGGAUUACGUAAUUAUGGAAUCAAACCAGAAUCCAUUGUUGUAGGUUCAUUGUAAUUAAAUGCAGACACUAAUGGAUUUGAUGUGGUAUAUGCUGAAAGAAUAUUUGGAGGAGCAUGGUUUAUUAAUAAUAUGGCUACUGGUAGUACAUACUAUAAAAGUUUUGGAAUAUAGUUUCCAUCAAGCAAUUGGGAUAACAACAACGAUUGGAAUUCUUUAUUAGCUGGUGGCAAUGUGGUUGCCACCUAUAAAAUUAGUGAUAUCACAAAAAUUAAACCAGGUAGUACCAUAGAUCUUACCAUCUAAACAUCACAUACUGAUUCCAGUAAUUUAGUAACAGCAAAUAGUUUACAAUUAUGGGGAUGUGGGUUUUUGAUGUCAAAUGCCUUGAAUUUCACUCCAACUACCUGGUUGGGAGGUAAGUGCAUCAAGGCUUAAGACAUCAUAUUUUGUCCUUAUGACUAAGUUACUUAUAUUGAAGCAUCUGGGUCACUUACAGGAUCAUUUAUUGUACCCACGAAAUGGGGUGGUGGAACAGCGUUAUCUGAUUUUAAAUAUGCUUUUUCUAACAAUGUUGGCAAUAUGGUUGCUUUUUAGAAUGAGAUAUAAUCUAGUUAGAAUGAUGCAUUCAUCACGAGUUGCACAGUUACCGAUUGGGUACCGAUCUUUCCAAAUAGCAAAGUGUAAGAAUAGAGUAUCACAUUUAAAACAACAUUAAAUUACAAAUUUACCUUGAAUUAAAUAUUCUAUGUGAUUUUGGAAUUGAGUGCAUUACCAAAUGGGUUGAGCAUAGAUUCAUUUUGUAGUUAUUUCAAUAGACAUCUAUUUAUUGCAUGCAGUGUAAUAAGUAGUGGGAAUAUCAUAAAGUUUAAGUCUUAGAUCAUUGCUACGGAUGACAAUAGUGAUUAUUACUUAAUAUAGGAUUCGGUUUAGAUAGUAUUUUAUGUUUCUCAUUCUGGACUAGAUACAGAUGUGUAAUCAUUUUAAGCUAGAUUGACUAUCAAUACUGACACAAACAUAGUAGAGUAAUGUGCAACUGAUGGGGCAUUAAGUUUUUCAGAUUAGACUUUGUUGAAAAAUCUAAUGUUGGUUGAUUUCAAAUUAGAAAAUCAAUAUUAGAAUAGUAAAUCAGCUAUGCAGAUGAAAUUUUAGAUUAAUAACAGAGUCAAUCUGUAAUUUCACCAAUGCAUGCAAUUACAACUAGGAUUUAUGGCAUCUACAAAUUUGUAAUUGUUGUCUGCCUAAAAUCACAGAUGUUUAUUUUAUAAUGAUGAUGGAUCAUUGAAUCAUCAUUGGAAUUCAUUAAAAUAUGAUUCGUCCAAUAAGUAACUAGUCUUUGAAUUGAAAACCUUGUAUUAUUCUUCAGUGCAAAUGUACCAAAUUAAAUGCACUAAUAUCAGAAAUCCAGAUGGCACUAACACUGAAGAUCUGAUGUUGAUAUGGGCCUAUUAUGAUGCUUCCAUUGAUAACAAAUAUACAGGAUUACAAUCUGCAAACAUCGAAUACAGCUCAUUAAACUUCAUCUCUGAGAAAACUUACACAACGAUUCCUAAAUUGGUUAAGUUACUUAACGUGGCAGGUAUUGGAGCCUAUUAUUAAUUUCAAUUUACACCAUCAAGAACCAACAUGACUUAUAAUGAUCAAAUCUACAUAGAAUUAUCAGCAGGAUAAGUAGUUAGACCUCAGCAUCUCUUUUGUUCAAUCAAUGAAGUCAAUGUAGAGUGCACCAUGAACAAAAGAAGGAUCAUCUUAUUGCCAUAAUAAUAAUUCUAUUCUCGUAUGAACCCAAACAAAUUGUAUAAUAUAAGCAUCGGACCAAUCAUUUAACCAAAAUCUUUGGAUGGAUUUGGCAAGAUUUGGAUAGGAUCGCAAUUGGCAAACAACAAGGAGGUUUUUUCAGAACAAUCUUAUAUUAUUGAUAUACCAAUACAAACCACUCUGCCAGGGUUGUUGCCGUAUGCCAGUGUCUAGUUUUCUUAGUACAUUUCAAGAAUCAAUAAAGUCUAUUUAAAAGUGAACUUUACUGCUCCAAUCAGAACGAUAAACUUCGAUAAAUGUAUAGUAAUAUAAUUGGGAGAGGAGUUUAGAGUCCCUUAAAAAAGAGUGAGCAAUUUGACAAUAGAAUGCAGAUUGUAUCGACUGAAUGAUAAUACUAAAACUAAUUAUACCAGUUCUUGUAUAUUUAUGCGAGAAGAACUAAUUAAGAUCAAUCUGAUCUAUGAUCCAGUCAAUUCAAGGUAAUAGUAAUAAUAUCAAUUGGAAAUCCGAUCAUUGAUCACUCCUGACUUGGUGUCAUUGAAUACCCUAUAACAAUAUUUCCCAUUUGAAGUGCAAUUCUUUAUUACUGACUUGAAUAUGCAAACGAUCAACUACAUUGCUCCACCUUGCAUCUAGUAUUUGCCUAAUCCAUUAGUGUUCAAAUAACAAGAUAAUCAGUAACAAUUCUAGUGGUACAUCUACAAUAAACAGGAAAACUCAUAUGAAAAGUUGAUUCCGUUGAUUGGACAGACUCAAUAUCCCACUUUCACUAUCUACAAAGGAGUUGUCGAAUAAGACAUUUAUUUGUUUCUGGGUUUGAACACUCAGCAAACCUAAUUUGAUAGACAAGUCAACAUAAGUAUAACUUAGAAUACUAUAAACAUUUUCGGUACAAAUGAAGUAGUGUCCAAUAUUUAUAAAUAUAAUAAUUUGGGAAUCAAUUACAUAUAAUUGGUAGAUCCAAAUUUGGAAGAGGAUGUCACCAAAGAAACAUAUUAGAUCACUAAGUUACUCACUAACACCAUGACUAUAGAGAUAGGAGACUAUGGAUAUUAUUUCCAUAUAUCUUCCAAACAAGACGUAGGAAGUGGGAUUUAUUAUCUGAAUUUCGACAGAGAGAUUACUGAUAAGAGAACCACUAAAAAGGAGACCAUCAGUGUUGAAGGUUACUCAAUCAUAGACUAUUAUUCCAUAAUACCUACAAUAGCAUUGUAAAUUGACACCUAAAAGCAAUGUCACAUAUUUGUCAGCAUCUCAAGUGACAAAAUACCCUUAGAAGGCAAAUCAUAACCAAUCUAUUUCCAAACAACCUGUAUUCCAACCUCAGAACUUUACAUCCAACCUAUAGUGAAGGAUCCCAUUAUCACUCCUGCACCUAUUAUAAUGAGUAUUAAACAGCUUCAACAAUUCUAUUCUGGCAAUCCACGAGAACAAUUAAGUUAUUAUAUGCAAUUGGAAGCCUCCAGUCAAGGAUCAAUUGGGGAUGAAAUCAGUGUGACAUUCUAAUUAACAGGAUAAGAAGCCAACAUUUUCUCAAUUGAUUCCAUUUCCUUAUUAGUUAUUAAGAAUAGCAAUACUGAGGAGUUAGUGGUUAAUUCUAUUAUCGAUGCUAAUUCAACAUAAAUUACAGUCAAUUGUUCAAUGGAUGGAUAACUAUUAUGGUCUAUAUGUCCAAAGAGUGCUCUCACUAACACCUUCAAUAUCUAGAGGAACAGACAAAUUAUAAUUGCAGAUUACUCCAUUGAUGUCAAUUUAUACAAAUAUAGAUUGUAUCAAUAUCUAAAUCCAUUGAAUUAAUAUCUAUAGUAUUAUAAACAAAAGGAAAGUACUGUGUCACCUACUUAUCAAUCUUCUUUGUACUCUAGAUAAAUACUAUACGGAAUCAUAGGGGAAGACAAAGUUAAUUACAUGUCUAGUAUUCUGAAGAAUUCAAAUAAAGUCAUCAAACUAAAUAAAGUAGAACAAGAUAUGCAAAUAUAAAUUGCUUGUAAAAAUCAAUAUGGCAAGAUUUCUAGUAUAAAAACUCACGAUUUAUCUAAAUCCAAUAAUAUAAUAACGAGAAAUCAUUCUCUCGUCAUUAUGCAAUUCUCAAGGUAAAUUUCUAUUAAUCAGGUGAACAAUCUCAUAUGUAGUAUCAAAGAAUUGCUACUAUUCAACAUCCAUCAUGUUACAGAUGUACAAUGUCAAAUCUGUAAUCCUAAUCUACUGUAUUACAAUAAGAAAUCAUGGUCUGAUGUCCUUAGUUUAAAUGAAUCCUAUGAGGGAAUCGCAAACACGACUUUGGUUGAAUCCACUUCAAAUAUCAACUAUUAUUUCUAUUUAAAUAAUUAUCUAACAUCACAGAACAUAGAUGUAAUAGCUAAGACAUAUUAAUUCAUCAGUAAAUUAGCUAAUGAUACAACGGCUAUUUAAAAACUUGCCAAGAAAAUAACGAAUACGACUGCAGAUCCAGAAAUAUCAUAUUUGCUUCGUUUUAUUACGAUUGUCAAUUACACCGAAGCUAGUUAUUCAGCUGCAUAAAAUUAAAUUACUCUUACAGCCAAUAUGACAUAGAAUUAUAUCAACAUUAGUAUUACCAAUAAUAACAAAAACACGCUUGUGUUUAUUGGAAUUCAAAAAUUCAUCUCGCAAUUAGAUUUUUCAUCUCCCAUCAAUUUAAGACGUGGUAUCACAGGAAAUGGAAUUAAAUUAGAAUAAUUUAUUCUACUUCAAAAUGCAGAAUCGACUUAUCAAUUCAGUGUACAACCUUACAAUAGUACUUCAUUCAAAUACUUUUUAUAAUGGUCAAGUUCACCUAUUUAGGCUAACUGUCUUUCACAAUAGUAUCAAGACACAUAACUAUUAAUUCUAGAGUACAAUCAACCAGCACAGUCUUAUGCACCUUUAAUCAGUAUUUUAAUAUUCAUUACGUGCAUAUUAUAAUGA